AUGGGCAUUAUUUUCUACCGUCUUAUAAUAACUGGGUAUGAAAAUUCCCGUGGGUGCUUUCGUGGUGGAAGCGGCGCGAAAGCAGAAAGAACCAAUUUUCAGUCCGUGAAUCAAUUUGCUGUCCGUGAACAGCCGACAUUUGGUGAGAGGUGGUGGGGCAUAUCGUAUUUAAGGCCAAGGUUGGUUCUCUAUCUACAUUCUCUGAGUCUCAUUCUCUAAGUGUCCUGUUCUCAGUUCGUUUCGAUAAGCCGACCUCUUAACGUUUUAUUCGCUAUGAAAAUUUUUCUCUACGUCAUUUAAACGUUUUAUUCUUCUAAAUUGUAUCAGGAAAUGUUGUCUUCUUAAAAAUUCCCCUCACGGCUUAUUUUUGGUUUUCAUGACUCGGCAGACAUUUGAUAUUACAGGUUUCGAAACUAUAGUUUUAUACCUCUAAAGUGUGUCAGAAAACUUUGUCUUCCUAAUGGUUUGUUGUUGGCAAAUUUAUUUUAUAUGAACGUGCGGAAUUAUGAGGUGGCAAAUCAUCUUUAACUUCUUUGCAAUUCAUAUUUACACUUGUUUCUAACUGAUGCCAACCAACUCUGUAACAUUGAUGAUUGGACAUAUGUAAUGUCUGUUCAUCUUAACUCUAUUUAUAGAGACAAUUAAGAGUAAAAACUACAUCAACCCAAGCCGUUAAUUUGUUAAUUUGACCUGCGAAGAAAGCAACUGUGCUUUGCUCACUUGCUUCUUACUCGCAGUUUAGAAUGAAGCCAUCCAAGACUCGCCGUAACGAUAUUCAGUCCUCAUUUCCUGUUCGAAAUAUCUAGGAACCGCUUCUUCUGAAACUCCUGAUACGUGCUUUCAGUUCAAGUGUUUCUUAAGAUUGUUUAUGAAAUGUUGUACAUAAGAACAAUAAGGCCCAAUUUAAACACCCAGAGCGAUUCCAUUAGGGCCAAACUCUUUGUUUAGCUUUUAAUUUAUUCACCGCUUCAUUAUAUAUAUACUCGAUUUUAUUAUUUUAGUUCACUUGAUAAUUUAAGGGAACACUGUGUAAACGAUACUCUUACAGAGCUGAAAACAUGGCCAAGUUCGGAACCCAGAAGGAAGCUUCGCGGACCAAAAGCAUCAAAUUUCCGUUUCAGUAUGGGAGGUACAAGUUUAUUUUCCUGGGCAUCGUUUUUUACCAAAUAGUUGGUUUGCAAGUUGGACAAGCUGAAGCAUCGUGGCCUCGAGAUACUUAUGGUGAGUACAAGAGAAUAGAGUUAUGGCGCAGCAAACACUUGAGUCAUCUGAUUAAAUCUAAACAACUAUCGAGUUAUGGAUGCACGCGGAAGGUUGCUGAGCACGGAAGAAGCAUAAGAGUUACACGAGGCGAUAGCCGAGUGCAACUCUACCUUCUUGAGUGCUAGGAAAACCUCUUCAGUGUAUCCAUAACUUAAUGGUUGCACGCUGCACGCUAGCCAUUUCUUCUAUAACAUUGAGACUUUCAAACAUCUUUCAUUUCGUGUAGAAAACAAAAAAGCAAAACAAACUGACGUCAGGAUGCAGCCCACGGGCAAACGGAUCGAGCAUAAUAAAUAGAUUUAGCCAAGCCUAAAAGCGGAGCUCUUAUUAGUUUAUUAUCCAGCCCUACGUUACACUGAAUAAAAACUGUAAUAAAACUAUCUACUGGCAAGUCUUUGUAUUAUAUUUCAACCCAACCAUUUCCUCAACAUAUAAACACUAUUACAAAGUAAUUAGUCAGGAAAAUGGAAAACUUGUAGCAUAUACACCAUGUUUGAAAUGCCAUGACCAUAGUAAGCUAACAAGAUUGAGGAGGAUGUAUGUGGGAAGAGGCCCUCUUGUCUGUAUCAAUAAUUUGCUAAUCACUCCUGUUGGCAAUGUUUUGAUGAGGUUGGGCUAGCAAGGCAAAGGAACUGAGGAUUUUAGUAGGCAGUGACUUUUUUUCAAAUCUGGAAACUAUCAUCAUGAAAGCCAUACUUGUUCCCAGUAACUCGUUCUUAUUCUGAUAAACUAGUGACCUCUCACGCGAAAACGUUCCUUACGGUUUGCCGUUUUGAAACGGAUAGCCGUUCGUAAGCCGUUCAUCAGCCGUUCAUCAGUUCAUUAUCAAUGCAAAUACAAAGCGUGUGUGUUAUUCAUAUGCUAAGUUGAAAACAAUUACUCUCCAUUUGUCCAAUAAAAACUGUAGAAUUUCGAUCCGCAUGCCUCGCUGAUUCGCUUUUAUUUUACACACUCACAUCAACGUUGCGGACAAAAAUAAUGGCACCCGCUUCUUUGUUAACUUAAAAAAAUUGCUUGCACUCAAGGUAGCGAAAAUUACUCGGCACAUCGUAAAAAUUGUCACUAUAAAUUGUGCCUGUUCUGAAGAUACAUGGUGGGGAAAGCGUUGCCUGUGUUCGGAAACGAGAUGGCGUUACAUUACGAAUUCUGGAAAUGGUUGCAUGACAAUUAUUUUAAAAGAGAACGCAGACUAUUACCGGCUUUUGUUUCUCCCCCGCGAAAACGAAUUUGCUUUACUCUCAAAAGACUUAUUAUUUUCAAAACAGGAUUAGAUUUAUUCGAGGUUUUCUAUCAGUUUUCAGAUCUAAGCAGCGCGUGUCGCGUUUAUCUUAAUUACUGUCAUUUCGUUCGAAUGUUUUUGAUCGACCGUUCAACCGUUUACUUUGACCUUAUCCGUUGAAAACUUCAGCCGUUCAGCCGUUCGACUUCAACCGUUCGAAAUUUUCCUUUAGCCGUUCAACCGUUCGACUUAAACCGUUCGAAAUUUUCCUUUAGCCGUUCAGCCGUUCGACUUCAACCGUUCGAAAUUUUUCUGAAGCCGUUUAGCCGUUCAUGGCAUCCGUUUUAAACGGUUUCUCUAUCCGUUUGUCAUCCGUUCACAUACCGUGCGUUCGACCGUUCGAACGGAUACCGUAAGGAACGUUUUCGCGUGAGAUAUUGUAUCCUUCUCAAAACUGUUUUGAGAAGGAUACAAUAUUUUAUAACAAAAACUCGAUGCAUAGGUUGUGCAAAAACCUUUAAUUUGACUAUACUUUUAUAGCCAAUACCAGUCCCUUCGAAUGGUAAAAUGUUAGGAGGUUCAGAGAAAAAAUAAUCUGCCAUACAUCUGCAAGAUUUGAUGUAAUUAUUUUAAUUACAAGAAUAUUAACUGAUACUAGGAGAUUUAAUGAUGUUAAAAAAAUAAUAAAAUUUGGUUGAAAAAUUGGAAUUCAGCACAGGCUGGAUAAACAAGGUUCUUAGAAAAAGAAAUGUGUACUAAUGAAAAAGCUAAGCAAAAUUUUUUUACAACACCUGCCUGUACCUAUAUGGCAUGUAGUAAAGUCUUUUGAAGAAGUCAUAAUCCCAGUUUCAUAUGUUGAAAACACAUGCACAUGCAACCUAUAGUUUAAGCCUGUGAUGACUUCGAAAUUUUGAUGCACACCUCAAAAGGAGAACAAAUAAAUUUCAUGUUUCUAUUUAUUCAGUUUAGGUCGGUGAGGUAAAAUUGAGUCAAACAUUCAAGAUGUACAAUGUCAGGUUCAAGAAAUUUUCACAACUAAUUUUUAAGGUUAGCCUACCUGGAACAAUCAUCUUGAACUGAUGAUGCCCUACAGAACUAUCCGUGGUAAGAGGGCAGGCUUUCCUUUCUUCAUUUAAAGAAAUGAUGUUAUCAUAUUUCCACAAGCUCAGUGGAAAGUGAGAGUGAAUGAGACUGAUAGAGUCUUUGUUACUUAAAUAAAUAUCCAGAGCUGGGAUAAAAAGUCAGACACAGUCUGCAAAACACCCUUACUUUGAUUUUUUAACCAAUUAAGCUAAAGCUUUACAUUCUUGUUUUGUGAUUAUGUGGAUGCCAAUUACUGGUAAUUUAACUUUUAUGCAUCAAAAUACAAAAAAAAUGUUCUCUUCAUCUAUGUGCCCCGAACAUUACAGGGGAGGAGGCAGGUUAAAUUAAUAAACAUGAAUUAAAAUAAGAGGGCCCCCAUUAAUUUCAAGGAGGAUCCUUGUUUUUCCAGAUUCCCACCCUUUUAAACUCACAUAUCUUGUGACCAAUUCCUUAUUUCAAUGUUCAGUUUGUGUAGGACCAUUGGUACGAAACACCAUGCAUUAAUAAAAGCUUGAGCUAGUGUAUUUAAUGCAAUCUAAAUAAUAAUAUUACAUGUUACAGUAUGGUAACCAACACAGCAAAAUUAUAUAAUCACACAAUUCCAAACAAAGGAAGUCAGGUUAUUGACUUGCCUGCUUCAACUUUUGAGGGCUUAUGGUACAGAGAAUUAAGACAUAGUUAACAGCUACAAUCAAUACAAAGUUGAAAAUUUGAAGAUAAGUGAUGAGAAUAAAGAAAAAUAUAGAAUUGAGAAUAAUUAGUUGAUACAAUACUAAAUUCUUAGAACUAACAUUAUAAGAAUUGUAUAGUUGACAGAAAGGAGAAUUACAAAUUUGAACUGAGAGUUAAAGGGUUAAAUUUUAUUUGAUCAAAAACAUGAAUGGCAAUAGAGGAAAUUAGCUAGCACAAUUUAAGUUUCCCCUCUUUAAGUAUUCUGUGAUGUUUUUCUAUCACAUGGUAAAGUUUACAGUUUCCCUCAUUUCACUGUCUUCUGUUCACUUGUUUGUUUGCUUUCCUAACAAUCUUAGCUAUUGUUGCCAACAAAUGCGAGGAGCAUAUACAUGAAAAUGUGUACAGCUAAUAACACUUUAAUCCCUUAGAGUGACUAGCAUCUAAAUUCUCCAUUCAAUAUCACCCCUGAGUCACACAUUAAGGUCAUGAGAAUAAAGGAAACGAUAAUCAGCUGAAGAACCUCUUGAUUUUUAAACAAAUGCUCCUUGCCAGCACAUAAGGAAAUAUAUAGAGAACAGUUUGGAGAAUAUGCAUUCUGAUAUUGGAGUGUAAAGGGUUAAAGACAUCAUGUAAUCAGUUAUAUAUAUAGAGAGUACUGCUUGAAUAUAUGAUUGCAUUAAGUACAAAUGCCAAGUAAACAUCAUUCUGUGGUCUUCUACUCUUCCACUCUGAAGGUUGCCUUGUGUAAUAAAAAAAAAAACCUUUUUAAAGACACCUCUAUAAUGGUAGGUACACACAACUGACAUGUAUGAGUGAAGCAUGUCAAGCAUUAAGGUAUGAUUGUCAAUUUGCCUUUUAUUAAUUGCAAACAGCUUACUUCUAUCAGCCUUAAAAACUUCUGUAUCCCCACUUUCAAAGAAAAGCAUUUCCCAUGAAAAUUUAAGCAUUAAAGACAUAAGCUACCAGCAACAGGUUUUUCCAUUGCAAGUGUUUCAUAUCAUCAGAUUCUCAUCACAUUUUUUUGUUACUGGUACAUUUGAAAGCAUAAGAAUAUUUUAAUCAUUACAAUAUGUUGAAAUCCCCCAUUUUAACCCUUUAACUCCCAUAAGUGACCAAGAAAGAAUUUCUCCUUACAAUAUCAAAACAAUAUCAAGCAGACAAGUGAUGAGAAUAAGAAAAAUAUCAGUUAGGGGAUUAUAAGAUGAUCCAAUACUAAAUCCUCCAAACAAACAUCACAAGAACUGUAUAGGAGAUAGUAAGGAGAAUUACUAAUGAGAUCUUGGGAGUUAAAGGGUUAAGUCCUGUAACAAUAUUGCGUGAUACUGUCACGACCUCGUGGUCCACUGACGACAUCUGUUUUCUUAUAUUAAAAUAUAUCUUGUUGGUCCGACAUCUUGGUUUUGUAUGUGUUCUCCUCUACAUUGCCCGUUCUGGCUUGUUACAAGUCCCACUGUUAACCUAGACAGAAUUUCUCCUUACACUAUUAGUAUGACAUAAAGCAGACAAGUAACAAGAAUUAAGACAAAUAUAAAUUUGAGGAUGAUUGAUUGAUCCAAUUCCAAAUUCUCAAAUUUAACAUCACAUAAAUUGUAUGGCAGACAAUAAGGAGGAUUAUUCAUGAAAUUUUGGGAGUUAAAGAGUUGAGACACAUAUGGUAAUUAUGUGUUAAAGAAAGACAGCAAAUAAAUAUAACAGUAUACGCCAGUAAAGUGUUCUUAUGUAGAAUGAAGUUUCAAACUCAUUGAAAUUAAGUUGACUUCAUAAUUCAUAUUUUAGUUUAAGAAAUGUGCAAUAUCUCUUUUCAAGGAUGAAGAGGGAAUACCAUUUAUGAAUUUUGAAAUAGUAAAUGCCAAAAACAAAAAGAUGGGAUUUAAAAAAACCACUAAAUAUAGCAUAUCUAUUCACUGAGGUUUUAAUCAUUGGCUGUCACAUAGAGAUAUAAAAUAGGGUUUCUGAAAAAAACCAGGGUAAUAAAAUUAAAGAUUCAGGAGAAGCAUAUGAUUUUAACUUGUUUACUGAUGUUCUCACCUGAAUUCCAUCUGGAAUGAGAACUCUGCAAAGAAAUACUGCUUUCCAUGGAAAUCUGUUCAGUGAAACCUGCUCUUGUUUCUGGAACGCGUUUUACUCUCAGUGACUGUAAUUAACAUGCAUUUUUCCUAUUCAGAUCGUUUUUUAACGUCUUCAGGGACCGCGCAGGGGGAGGGACUGGGGAGAGGCAUUGGGCUGCGGAAUUAAGGGAGGGAAGGGGGUGAGAGGUGGUGGGGGAUGUCGUAUUUAAGACUAAGGUGGGAUCUCUAUCCACAUUCUCCGAAGUGUCCUAUUCUCCGUGCCUUUCAACAAGCUGACCUAUCAACGCCUUACUCGCUAUGAAAAAUUCUCUCCUCGUUAUUUAAGCGACUUAUCUUUUAUCUAGUUGAUCGGGAUUCGAGAUGGCUUCGAAAUUGUAUCAGGAAACGUUGCCUUCUUACAAAUUUCCCAGCGAGGCUUAUUUUUGGUGCUCAUGACUCGACAGACAUUUGAAAACUAUCACAGGUUUUGAAACUACAGUUUAAUUCUUCUAAAUUGUAUCAGGAAACGUAUUCUUCUUAAAUGCUUUUUUGUUUUAUUCUUCUAAAUUGUAUCAGGAAACGUUGUCGUCUUAAAGGUCUGUUGUUGGCAAAUUUAUUUUAUAUGAACGAGCGGAAUCAUGAGGUUGCAAAUUAUGUUUCACUUCUUUGCAAUUCAUAUUUAUAUCGGUUGCUAAAUGACGCCAACCAAUUCUGUAAAAAUUCCCCGCACGGCUUAUUUUUGGUGCUCAUGACUCAGCUGACAUUUGAAAACUAUUACAGGUUUCGAAACUGCAUUGAUGAUUAGACAUAUACAAUGUCUGUAUAUUCAACUCUAUUUCUAAAGACAAUUAAGAGUAAAAUUUGCAAACUACAUCAACCCAAGUCGUUAAUUUGAUAAAACCUGCGAAAAAAGCAACUGCAAUUAAUAACUGGGUCGAGUGGCCCUUGCGGUAAGCCCGUUGUCUCUCAGUUAGUAGUUCGCCUUCCGUAAAAUGCUUGAAAAUUGUGUCAGAUGUACACAGAUCUUACUUGGAACGCUUAGAAGAAAGGUGGGUCGAUAGUUACUCCUGUCAGAAGGAUCGUCCUUUUUAAAAAGGGGGCAUAAGUGAGCUUUCUCUUAUUGGCUAAAAACAUCUCCUUUGUCAAAAUUCAUCGAAUACAGCUUAGUAAGAGGCGACACGAUUGCUGGCUCGGCUAACCGUAGCAACUUGCGGACGAUCCAGUCCAAUCCCGCAACCUUGUUAGAAUUUAGGAAACUAAUUUUCUUGGAUACCGACUCCUCAAGAAAUUGAAAAGGGUGAAAUUGUUCGUAUGCCAGCGCGGGUCCGAAAUCCAAAACACCCAUUUGACUUGAACAGAUUAUCAUAGCUUUAAUCACAAAUCCACACGCGUAAUACAUCUCCAAAUCGCUAAAGAAGUGAAUCUAUCAAACUAGAUGUACAGAUGUACAGUUGGUAUACAGAAAAACUGGAAAACGGCAAGCAGAAAGGUAAAAACUUACGCCUUUCCGGGCUCUAGAAUCGGACCGCGUGGUCAAUAACAUAACAAAACUAGCGCGCAUGAGCAGAAAUCCGCGACGCAUACAUGACGUAAAAAAGGGCGGAACACGGGUGCCGCUACAGUUCGAAUUGGCAUAACAUCAAAUGGGGUUUCUCGAAAUUUCUUUUCUCAUUGUUACGAAGGCAUUAAUCAGGUUUGCAUUUUGUCAUCUAGAACAGCAAGGGUUUUAUUAUUUAGCUUUAUUGGUCUAACCUGGGGUCUUCUCUCAGGGUUUUCAACAUUGGAGAGUACUUUCCAAUAAGGAGAAGUGGAUUUCGCUGAAUCAACUUUUUCACAAAAGAAUCUAACUUUUGCUCGUCUUGCGUUGGUUGUUCUUUCAUUCCUGACCUUCUUGUAACUCACCCCGGCAAUUUCGUCUCCAGUACUCACAGUAGACUUGAAAAGGUUAUACCUGUAAUUCAUCUUUUUCCUUAUUUCAUUUGUAGUCUACGGGUCGCCCUUACUGCAGACUUUAAUCAUGUUAAAAGGUACAUGUUCAUCGCAGAUUCAUUAGAUAUCAAGCUCCACUCCCAUUGUACAUCAUCUUCACGAACAUCAGGUGCACGAGAGAGGUCUGCGUAGAAUUCCUUUGAAUUGUAAAACAUCCUUGAAAUUUCUAAUGGUAAUAAUUCGUGAAGGCGGAAGCCCUUACCUCAGUUUCAGAGUGACAUAAUUUAGAAUUUGGUUAGUUAAUCACAGCGAUAACACACCUUUUAUGUUGAUCAGUUCCGGUUUGGCUCAACGCCAUGCUCAUUUCUAGUACUUAGCGCUAACUUCUUGCAAUGCAUAAAGCAAAUUAUCGAAACAUUUUACAUGAUAUGGAAGAUCUUAAGGAAACUUUCGUAAUAUCUGUGGGUACAAAUGGUUCUCGGUUAUGUGUUUUUCAAUUAGCAAAUGGUUUUAAAGAAGAGCACACUAAAGUUUGUUAUUUUCUAGCAAAAUAAUUUCACUGCUUUUCUAACAUCCUUUUAACACUAAGGAAUCUGUUGCUUAACUAAACGUACAAGAAUGUGGACCCAUUUACCACAGAUGAAAUAUAUACACGGGUAACUCUUUAGUCAAAUUACAUUUAAAACGCGAAAGGUAUGUAUCCAGGCGGGGCAUUCCCGCACGAAACUUCGUAGAGUGGAUCUUACCACCAAUCCCAAUCCUUCCCCUCCCAUCCCCAGGGGAGGGUAAUCAUUAACAAAAUUAUUCAUUUAGCUAUUUUCCUUAUUAUGACUCUUCCAAUUCUUUAACUACAGGGUAUGAUGUGUUCCUGAGCAACGAGGGUCAUGACUGUUUAAAGAGGUUUGUCAGUUAUAAAUGGACAUUCCCUGUGUUGUCAUAUGAUUUCUCGUUUACACCUGAGCAAGAAAGGAAUGUUCUCCUUGAUCUUUACACAUCUACAAAUGGCCAACAGUGGUAUGAAAGUGGAGGAUGGAACAGCUCAAAUUCCCACUGCUCUUGGUAUGGUAUCACCUGUUACAACAAUUCAUAUGUAAGAACCAUUGUGCUGGCUUACAACAACCUGGAUGGUGUUCUUCCUUCCAAUCUGUGGAAGAUACGUAACUUGUUGUCGCUUUGCACGCCUGGUAACCCAAAACUCCGAGGACGCAUUGGAGACUUUUUGUUUGGAAAUAUGAGCAGUCUGCUGUCGAUUGCUUUCAAUGCAGCCUCUAUAUCUGGAGAAAUCCCGAAGGACAUCGUGCAACUAAACAAAUUGAACAUUUUCCUAGGCUGCGUAAUGAACGGGGAGGGCUUCUCUGGUAACUUACCAGUAGACAUUGGGAAUAUGACAGAGUUAAGACUUCUAUGUCUCGGAGGGAACAAAUUCACUGGUCGAAUACCUAGCAGUAUAUCCAGAUUACGAAGACUUUGGUAUCUUGACCUCCGAAACACUCCUGGUCUCAUGAAGGGAUAUCUGAAUGACCUUUUUACAAUCCCCACCUUAGCUGAACUUUAUGUAUCAGGUGUACCGCUAACAGGACUAUUACCAAAUACACUGCCACCUAACCUGACCCACCUAGUUUUACCAGGGAAUAACAUUACGGGUCAUUUUUUUCAAAACAUUCCGAAAACACAUCACCUUGAUGUUCUUAAUGUUGCCAACAAUCAGCUCACUGGAGACAUUCCUGGUGAAUUACUCAGUUAUCUGCCUUCCAUGAUUGAUUUGUCACAGAACAAGUUUUCCUCGAUAAACAACGGGAAGCCAUUGUCUGUCAAAUUAAACAGGAGUGUUAAAUCCUUCGUUUCGCUUGCAGGAAAUAGGAAUUUAACAAUUAAUAUUUCAAGCUUUAUGGAGCUUUUCUCGAGAAUGUCCGAGUUUGACACGAGCUUAUCGGUUCUAAAUCUCAGUUUUUGCGAUAUUGAGAGUCCCUUACCCGGAAUCUUGCUUUACUUCAAAGAAAUGUCCACUUGCGAUUUGCGAGGGAACAAGUUCUACGGAGCCAUACCAGCUUUUAUGGGUGACUUUUCAUAUUUAACAUAUUUUGACAUCUCAUCAAAUAACUUGUCAGGAAGCCUUCCAGCAGGAGUUCAGAAUUUAAUUUCCCUCCAGUACUUGGACAUUUCUGGAAAUCCCUCCAUGCGUGAAGGGAACGGCCCAUCGACCGAAGCCUUUCGCCCAGACUUUUUAAGGAUGGUCAAACCACCUAGAGGCGACAACUUUUCAUGUCCCGAAGGACACCUAACGUUCAACAAUGGUCGCAUUCGUUUGGAUCCUGCAUUUUACGAGUUCAAAUAUUGUAUUUGUGAUCCACAUUUUUACGGAAGCCUUGGAUUAUGCAAAUCAUGUAUGGAUGGUGGAACGUGUGACCAAGUUAUUGUGACGGUCCAAGAAGACCCUAGUCCAAACAUCAUGAAGAUGGCUCCUGGCUAUUGGCCAUCUCCUGAUCCUAAAAAUGUUACUCAUCUCGUCAAGUGUCCAGUACCUGCUGCUUGCAAUCCAAUGGCUUCCUGUACCUGUCGCCUCGACACAUCACAUAACGACGACUCUUACUCCUUCAAUAACAAGCGUUCGGUGUCGACUCUGAUCACAAAAUGCGAUGAAUCCUGUAUCUGUCAUUCAGGAAACACUGACAGGUUCUGUUCUCAUUGUGAAGAAGGAUUUUAUAAAAUUGGCGGAUUGUGUUACCUAUGUGUGAAAGGAGAUCUUCGCUACUACUACGUGUUCAUCCCUAUCUUUGCCAUUUCUUUCCUGGUUCUGCUUUGGUCACUUUUUUAUUUCAACUUGCGUCCUAUUAAAUGGUUUUUUGUUACAGCAACACAUUUCCUCUUAACGUUGAUCUUUAUGCUUUUGGAAUUUUUACCCACUUGGGUUUUCAAGUUGAACUUAGUGGUUUUUGUUGUGUGCAUGACUAGUCGAGGAAAAGGUACAAAGUCUCUUAUCAGCAUUGCAGUGUUUUAUAUGCAAACCAUGGAUUUUAUGGUAUCGAGCUCCAAUGUCUGGCCUCCAAAGAUCGUUGCAGCUCAGAAGUACUUGAGCAGCUACUGGAAUUUGUAUUUCCCUUCGCUUUCGUGCGAUUUUCCUUCCCUGUUCAAUCCUGUUGGAAAGUUUGCUUUUAUUCUCCUUCUUCCAAUUGGUUGCUUGGCACUUGUGGGUGUCUACUUUAUAGUUAUGCUGAGCUACAACAAGGUUCGUCCCCAAGAACAACGAAUGGAAAAUGUUCACUUUAAAUGCCGUCAAAGUGCCUUUUUCUGUUUAAGUUUCACUUACUUUCCAGUUGUAAAGCAAACUCUUUCCAUCUUACGCCCAUGCCAAAAUGACCGUGAUGUUCUAUAUAUGCCAAAUUCCCCUUGGAUAGAAUGCACAUCUGUUACUUACAGAACACUUACAGCUCUUGGUUUUGUCUCUGUAGUGGUCUACGUGAUUGGGUUUCCUUUGCUUCUCGCCUCACUCGUGUUCUUCUUUCAUCGGAAAAGGAACAGCAUGAACCAAGACGAUCGUGAUAAACUUGACACAUGGCUUGGUCCUGCAUAUUUACCUUACAAACAAAAGUAUCAGCGGUACUUUGAGACCGUUAUGCUUCUCCGUCGCUUAAUGCUCGCCAUUGCGCUAUCCAUGAUUUCGUCUUCCUCUACGUUACAGACCUUUAUGGUCUGUGUAAUUCUGGUUGGCUUUGCUAUUAUUCAUCUCUGCUUGCAUCCUUAUGGCGAUGAGGAUAAUGUUCACAGGUUUGCUUCUGAAAACUUUUUUGAGCCUCUCGUUUUGUUGGCGCUAUCUAUGUCUUUCAUCCUGUUAAGGUUCUCGGCCUUGGAAAUCUCCUUUAUUUACAGGACAACUUACGUUUGGAUGGUGAUGAUUGUUAAUUCUUGCAUUCUACUUUUACUGAUGGGUACUAUUUUCUACCGGCUUGUUUUAACUGGGCAGGUCGACAGUAAUGGCAGAAAUGGUCGAGACGGUGAGUGCGCAGAAAGGGAUAAUUUGCUUCCUGUUAACGGAUGA